AUGGAUGCAGUUGGAGAGAAUGUGAUAGAAGCAGCGGCUCUGGGGAGACCCUUUCAGCUGGGCAUGCUCUACGACAGCAGGAAUGAUGCUCUAGUGCCAGAAAUCACAUUGUGGAAUCAAGAAAAGCUCCAGCAGAGUAUUCAAUCCCAUCCCAUAAUUAAUACAUGUUUCAAAGUUACAGCUUCAGACUCUUUUAAAGAAAAAUCAAGCUUACUGAACAUUAAAGCCUCUAUGAAAUUGAGUCUGUUGGGUGGAUUGAUCGGCGUAACAGGUGCAGCCAAAUAUCUCAGUGACAUCAAGACGUCUUUCAUUCAGCAGAGACUGACUCUACAUUAUCAUUCAACUACCAGGUUUGAAAAACUGACUAUGAACCAUUUGGCAUCUGAAAAUAAAGCUCACCAUAAAGUAUUUGAUGAUGAUAAAGCGACACACGUGGUGAUGGCAGUGCUGUAUGGAGCGGAUGCCUGCUUUGUGUUUGACAGAGAGGUUUCUUCAGGUGAAAACAAAACUACAGUGGACGAAGAAGUAAAGGCAGUGUUUGAAAAACUCAAAUGUAUUAAAAUAGGUGGAAACACAAAUCUAAACAUGACUGACAUUCAGAGGAGUGCAGUCCAAAAAUUCAGUGUCACAUUCUAUGGUGAUUUCCAGUUACCGUCUAAUCCGACCUCUUUUGAAGAUGCUUUGAAGGUUUUUGCUGAUCUUCCGAAACUGUUGGGAGAAAACAGAAGUCCUGCGGUCCCACUGAAAGUAUGGCUGUAUCCUCUGGACAAACUUGACUCAAUAUCUUCAAAACCUUUGAAAGAAAUCGGCCUUGAUCUAAUAAGAGACAUAGAAUCAGCAUUAGAGAGUUUAAAUAUGACUGAGAUGAAAUGCAGUGACCUUCUGAAAGAUUCCUCUGCUUUAACUGCAUUUAAUAAUAAAAUACUAAAGUUUAAGGAGAACUGUUACAAAUACAAACUGGGUCUCGUGAAGAAACUUGGCUCUCUGUUGCCUCAGAUUCGUGGCAGCAGAAUAGACGAUUCAGCACUGAUUGAUCUUCUGAAAGAUCAUGAUGAAUCUCCAUUCAGAGAAAGUGAGCUUGGAGAAUGGCUGAAGGAAAGAGAGAAAGAGUCUCAGGUCAUUAACAUGUUGCUCAGACAGCUGAAUGAUUGUGGUGCAAAAGUAGAAGAAAACCUUGAUGGAAUGUUGAAGGAUCUAGAUGUUGGAAAAUUGGUCAGUUACACAUUUACCUCAUUAGACUGGUCAGAUGUACUUCUUCCUAAACAAAAGGCCUACCUGAGAUCUUCAACAAGGGGAAGCCUCAGUGACAGUACACCUGACUCCAAGAAGGAAAAGUCUUGGCUCACUCCUGCUAUCCAAAAGACUAUGAAGAACAACUUGGAGAUAUUUAAGAACCUAAUUGAUUUAAAAGAUUGUAAAUCAGCCAAGUUUAUUGUCUCGUCACAGGAAAUGAAGAAUCAUCCAGGUUCCUGCAUUCUCCUGUAUGAAGAUGGAUGGGUUGAAGCUGUUUGUUUCACUCCUCCAUCACAGCCAUCCCAUCCAAUCAUAGCAGAGGUCAAAGGUGACAGUGUUGGUGUAAAUGUGCAGCCCUCAACAUGUUCUGCUACAGAAGAACUCAGGUUGCUGUACAAAAUGAAGCAUGAGAAGGUCUGGACAAAACUUGUGCAGAGAAACCAAAAUACUGCAACUCUGACUGAACUGAGACCAGGCACUGAGUAUGAGUUUAAAACUGAAGCGGUGGGGAAACUCAACUACACUACUGAAUCUGAUCUGAUCAGAUUUAUCAGUGAGGUAUGA